AUGCAGCCUCCAGAGGGUGCGCAGGUAGACCUGGGCAAGGCCCAGGUUAUUGAUAGCGUUCCUAAGGUUAUUAAAGAAUUGAAGUUUGGUGUUAUGACCAACGAUGACAUCGUCGGCCAAGCAGUUGUGGAAGUUUCUGAUCGAAAAUUUUUCGACUUGGAUCAGACCCGAACAGUCGUUGCGAAUGGACCUCUGGACCAGCGCAUGGGUAUCUCGAACAAAACCGACUCUUGCGCAACAUGCGGAAAUAAUCUCAAAGACUGCAAUGGGCAUUUUGGCCAUGUGAGACUGGUCUUGCCCUCUUUCCACGUGGGCUAUUUCAAGCGCGUCAUUUCGAUCCUUCAGGAAAUCUGCAAGGAAUGUUCGAACAUUCUGCUCCCCGAGGCGGAGCGCCGUACGUUUCUUCGCGAAAUGCGCCGACCGGGCCUUGAUAACCUACGUCGGACACAGAUCGCAAAGCGCAUCAACGAAAGGUGUCGGAAAACCCGUGAAUGUACAUACUGUGGAGCGAUCAAUGGUGUCGUGAAGAAGACCGGAACAAGUGCUCUGAAGAUUACUCACGAUAAAUUCCGUGCUUUCAAUGUUUCGGUUUCCGUCAAAAAGCAAACACCGAUCAGCAAGGAUGUCUUUGAUAACUCUUUCCUCGAGGCAAGAGGCGCAAACCAAGAGGUCGAAAAACACUUCAAAAAGGCGCAAGAUGAUAUGAAUCCUCUUCGGGUUCUUAAGCUAUUCAAGAAAAUGUCCGACUCAGACUGUGAAUUGAUUGGUAUGAAUCCAAAGGAGGCUCGUCCAGAGAUGUUCCUGUGGCAAUUUAUUCCAGCUCCACCGGUUUGCAUUCGACCUUCAGUGGGACAAGAUGGUGCAUCUACAGAAGAUGACUUGACCGCCAAGCUAGGUGAUAUUGUGCAGAGCAAUAUCAAUCUGAAGAACGCUUUGCUCAAGGGCGCUCCAGUUCAGACAAUCAUGGAGUGCUGGGACUACAUGCAGCUUCAAAUUGCUGUCUACAUCAACAGCGAUGUUCCUGGGCUUAACAAAGCCGAUCUCGGAAAACCAAUUCGAGGCUUCGUCCAACGCUUGAAGGGAAAACAAGGCCGUUUCCGUGGAAAUCUCUCAGGAAAACGUGUUGAUUUCUCUGGGCGAACUGUCAUUUCGCCCGACCCAAAUUUACGAGUUGAUGAGGUCGCUGUUCCGGAGCUAGUGGCAAAGAACAUGACUUAUCCCGAACUAGUGACCAGAUACAACAAGGAGAAACUGCAGCAACGGAUUUGCAACGGAAGCAACAAAUGGCCCGGAGCGAACUUGAUCGUCAAGAAAGGAACUGGGUUCCGACAGAUGUUGAAGUACAGCAACACCCAGCGGAUGGCUGAUCAGCUGCAAGAAGGAGAUCUUGUCGAGCGCCAUCUCGAAGACGGUGACAUUGUGCUGUUUAAUCGACAGCCUUCCCUCCACAAGCUCAGUAUUCUAUCUCAUUUUGCCAAAAUCCGACCCCAUAGGACUUUCCGAUUGAACGAGUGUGUCUGCAACCCUUACAACGCCGAUUUCGAUGGAGAUGAGAUGAACCUUCACGUGCCGCAGACCGAAGAAGCCCGAGCAGAAGCGAUGGAGCUGAUGGGCGUAAAGAACAACUUGGCCACACCCAAAAACGGAGAGCCCAUCAUUUCUGCCAUCCAGGAUUUCAUCAGUGCCGCCUACGUGUUGAGUAGCAAAGACAACUUCUAUGAUCGUGCCUCCUUCACACAAAUAUGUCUCUAUAUGCUUGGUCCUGAAACGAGAUUCGAUCUGCCACCACCAUCAGUCUUGAAGCCCCAAAUGAUGUGGACUGGCAAACAAGUCUUCAACAUUCUUAUGCACCCCAACUCAUCUGACCCCGUUUUGGUUAACCUGGACGCCGCAUGCCGUGAGUUCAAGAUGCCUAAGGAUGGUCGUCCCAAGGACUUGGACCCCAAUGAUGGCUGGUUAGUCAUCCGCAACUCGGAGGUCAUGUGUGGUGUUAUGGACAAGUCUACGAUUGGUUCUGGAAAGAAAGACAAUGUUUUCUACAUUAUGCUUAGAGAUUUUGGUCCACCGGCAGCAGCUGAAGGCAUGAACCGUCUGUCAAAACUGUCUGCCCGAUGGUUCACCAACAUCGGCUUUUCAAUUGGUAUCGGAGAUGUCUACCCUAGUGCAGGGCUCGUUCAGUCGAAAAACGAUCUUGUCGAGGCAGCGUACUCGCAGUGUGACGCAGUCAUUGCUAAGUACAAAGCGGGAACUCUGGAGAAGUAUCCUGGAUGUGACGAAUUGCAGACCAUGGAGAACCAGAUCUCUGGUAUUCUCAGUAAAGUCCGUCAACAAGCUGGUGACGAGUGUAUUAACCAGCUGAGCAAGUACAACUCGCCCCUGAUCAUGGCUACGUCUGGAUCCAAGGGUUCUAGUAUCAACGUGUCCCAGAUGGUUGCCCUUGUCGGUCAACAGAUUAUCGGUGGUCAGCGUGUACAGGAUGGUUUCCAAGAUCGUACCCUACCGCAUUUCCCGAAGAAUGCACGACAGCCUCCAUCGAAGGGCUUUGUUCGCAACAGUUUCUUCUCCGGGUUGGAGCCCCCCGAGUUCAUUUUCCACGCUAUGUCUGGUCGUGAAGGUCUGGUCGAUACAGCUGUCAAGACUGCUGAGACAGGUUACAUGUCCCGUCGUUUGAUGAAAUCCCUUGAAGAUUUGUCAUCGAUGUAUGAUGACACAGUCCGUAACUCGUCUGCUGCCAUCGUUCAGUUCCAGUAUGGUGAUGACAAGUUGGAUCCCGUGGAUAUGGAGGGUAAAGCCAAACCCGUCCACUUCGACCGCACAUUUAUUCACUCGGAAUCUACUACGUACAACAACGAUGAGCGAAGCUUGUUGCCGAUGGAAAUGAUGGAAGUUUGCGAACAGAUGCUUUCUAAGGAACGUGCGAAGCUAAACCGCAAAGAUUUGCUUGGCAAUGACCUGGCAUACAUGGACCGCAGUGAUCAUGGUAUCGAUCAGUUCGAGAGUGCCCGUGACUUCCUCGACUCAAUUCAAGAAUAUGUGCAAAACAGAGCCGACAAAUUGAUCUCUCGAGGUGGCGAUAUCGACCCGUCCGACCCGCGGAGCCGUAAAGGCUUGGAUCAUACAGGCAAGCUGACAGAGACCACACUGAGGGCUUUCAUCACUGCUUGUUUGUUAAAAUACAAGAGAGCCCAGGUCGAGCCUGGUCACGCUGUGGGUGCUGUUGGUGCCCAGUCCAUUGGUGAGCCAGGAACGCAAAUGACCUUGAAAACUUUCCAUUUCGCUGGUGUCGCCGGAAUGAGUAUCACGCAGGGUGUACCUCGUAUUAAGGAAAUCAUCAACGCCUCAAGGGAGAUCAGUACCCCAGUCGUGGCUUGUGAAUUGGUCAACAAAGAAAGCACUAUCGCUGCUCGCAUUGUGAAAGGACGUAUUGAAAAGACUUUCCUCAGUGAUGUUAUCCACUCCAUCACAGAGGUUUGGUCCCCCGAUGAUGCCUACUUGAAGGUUGUUCUGAACUGGAAAACGAUUGAGGAUCUGGCGCUGGAGAUCACGACACCACAGAUCGUUGAAGCAAUCAAGAUCAACAAGCGCUUCAAGGGAAGCGAUCUCAAAUUCUCGUGCAAGCAAGCCUCAAUCAAGGUCCACAUGGAUCUUGAUCCGGCCAGCAAGGCAUCUCUUUCUAAGACGGAGAUUGCCGCCACGAGCGUUGAUCCCUUCCUCCGUUUGAAACAUUUGAAGCGUAUCCUUCCUAACAUCCAAAUUCUGGGUCACCCACGUGCCACCCGAGCCAUCAUUCGCACGGACGAGACCUCGACCACGAACACAUUGCUCGUGGAAGGCUACGGAUUGAGGGAGUGUAUGACUACGAUGGGUGUGGACGGUCUCCGCACUAGGACUAACAACAUCAUGGAGGCACGAGAAGUUUUGGGUAUUGAAGCUGCUCGAAGCACGAUCGUCGUCGAAAUUAGCGAAGUCAUGAAGGACAUGGACAUCGAUCCUCGUCACAUGCAGCUUCUAGCCGACGUGAUGACCUACAAGGGUGAAGUGCUCGGCAUUACACGUUUCGGUUUGGCUAAGAUGCGUGACUCCGUGCUUCAGCUUGCUUCGUUCGAGAAGACCGCGGAUCACCUUUUCGACGCCGGUGGUCUCGGUCGCACCGACCUCAUUGAGGGUGUGUCGGAAUGUAUUAUCAUGGGCAAGACGGUGUCACUGGGUACAGGUGCUAUGGAAGUUGUGCGUAAGCUAAACUUCUACCAAGGCCAGAUUGGCCCACGAAAGACGGUCUUUGAGGAUGCUUGGACCGAACAUUGUGAGGCACCUUUGACAAGGAGACCUAAGAGGAAGGUCCGAUGA